AUGCCUGUUCCUUUCGAGGCCGUGAUCCCGAUGGCCAUCGUGGCCACUCUCUUCACCGUGACCGGUACUGGCUUCAGCGGAGUGUCGCGUCUUGCAAACGAGGGCAAGCCGCUGCGGCACAACGUCGACGACUGGGAGCGUAUGAUGAUGCGCCGCGACCUCCGACUCACAGGCACGAAGCGAGGGCAGGCGGUGCGUAGUGCGCGGCUGACCACAGCGAGAUGCCAUUGCCCCCGAAUCGUUCGCGACAAAUAG